AUGACUCGGCUACAACGGCAGCCACCCCAGAGGCACCUAGGGCUACAUGGGCAUGCUCACGGGACGAGCCACAGCCGAAAUUAUCUCCCGAAUCACAAUGGAGUAUUUGGAUUUGGUUUCUCCCGUGUCAAUGAAGCGAGUUUCGUACAAAGAUGGAAGGCCAAUGAGGGCGUAAGAACCAAGCUUUUCGUACUCAUCGAGGUUGGAGGGGACGAGAGUGAGGUACUCGGCGGGGAUGAUUUGGUCAGUGUCAAUGUUGUCGCCCACAACGUAGCAGAGCCCGUGGAAUGUAGUGACGGUGGAAGCGGCGUCGGGGGUGGUUGUGGUGGAACGGAGAGGGCUAGUGAUGCGGUGGUGCGGUUGUGA